GUCCCAGCUACUCGGGAGGCUGAGGCUGGAGAAUGGCGUAAACCCGGGAGGCGGAGCUUGCAGUGAGCUGAGAUCUGGCCACUGCACUCCAGCCUGGGCUACAGAGCGAGACUCCGUCUCAAAAAAAAAAAAAAAAAGAAAAGAAAAGAAAAAGAAUGUGCCCCCUCUAGCGUGCCUCCCAGGUCACUCAACUGCUGGAAAAUGGAAUCCUACUACCGUGCAGGGCUCUAGAAAUUCAGCAGCGUUUCAUACAUGGCAUCUGCCAUCAAGGAAGUCACAGGAAGGUGGGAGGAAGACACAGAUAGCCACAAUAUAAAGUUUAGCCAAGUUCUCUUUUGCAAGGCUAAUCAUAGAUGAGGGGAUGCACCCUAGAGCCACCAAUCCGGCCCCUUCCGCCCCUGGCGGAAGCAUUAAUGACACUGAAAUGUGUCAGAGCUCCCACCAGCCCCCUCUUCACUGCUACUCUUUCUUCCCAGGCAAAACAGGAACCACAAACCCCAGCUUCCUCUUGCAGAGUGGCUGUGGCUUGUAGGGGAGACGGAAAUGGCUGAGGUGCGCAUACAAGACCUGAGUCACUUGAGCUGCUAUUGCCGCAUGUCUCCUCCCUCUCCCCCUCCCCAGUUCUAAGGUCUCCUGCUCCCACUUUGACUUUUCUGGCCUCUCCCUUACCCUUUAUUUCCAAAUGUGCACCUGAGUCCCCUGUGUGAUGUACACCCAUUUCCCGGGCUGCAGUGGGGGCUGCUGUGGGCAUCAGGGGCCGUGGGCAGGGCCUGGGGUGGGGACACAUCAGGGAGACACAGGGGAAGAGGAAGUGCCUUCGGUCCUCGGGAAGAUUGGCUUGUCUUGGUGGGUGGGGACGGUCAUUAUCAGCUUUCUGGACACACAGACACAGACAGAUAGGAUGGACUUCCUCCGGCUACACCUCCCUGGGCUGCACCAGGCCUUGAGGGGGGCACUGGAUUCCCUCGGCACCUUUGUCUCCUACCUCUUGGGAGAUGCAGUCCCCACUGUAGAGCGGGAGGCACAGGCGGCUGAGGAACUGGGGGCGGUGGCCGUGGGAAGGACAGGGAAGAUUGUAGAGGAGGAAGCCCAGGAGGCCCUGGAGGGCCUUAGAGGCAGCCAAAACGAGGGGGCUGGAGGGCUGAGAGGGCCUGGAGAGGACAGAAGACGUGAAGCGGGGAGCUCAGCUGUGGAACAGACCUGGAGCUGGGGAGAUGGCAGCUCCCAUGGGUCCCAAGCAGAGAGGCAGGACAGUGGGGCUGGUGAGACAGCCAAGGCUGCCAGGUGCCAGGAGCCAAGUGCCCCCUUGGAGGCCAGAAAGAAAUCCAAGGCAGGGUCUGGGGCUUGCCAAGAGAGGAGCGGCCAAGCCCAGGAGAGGCAGGAGCCCGAUGAGCAGGAAGUGAACAGAGAGGAGAGGCUGAGAAUCUGGGAACAGGAGGAGGAGGAGGAAGAGGUCAGGGCAAGAGAGCCAGGGAUGGCCAGAGGGGCGGAGUCAGAGUGGACCUGGCACGGGGAGCCAGAGGGGAAGGCUGGUGCUGGCGGGCCAAAGGCGGCGGGGGACAACCGGGAGACGGAGCAGGGGGUCAGGAAGGCAGAUGCAGGGGAAACUGAGGAGCCUGGGGCCGAAGGGGCUGGGAAAGGAGAAGAGGUGGUGGUGGUGGAGAAGGCCUGUGAAAGCACUAGGGCAUGGGGGACGUGGGGCCCAGGGGCAGAGCCUGAGGACUGGGGAAUCUUAGGCAGAGAGGAGGCCAGAACAAGCCCAGGCAGGGAAGAGGCGAGGACAAUUUUAGAUGGGGAGGAAGCCAGGACAAUCUCAGGUGAGGAGGAGGCCGAGACAGCCUCAGGCGGGGAGGAGGAGGCCGGGACAGCCUCAGGCGGGGAUGAGGCCUGGACAACCUCAGGCAAAGAGGAGGCUGACCUCCCGGGAGUCAGACAGACAGAAUAUGGAGCAGUCCCAGGAGAAAGGCUCCUAGAGGCUACUGGAAAAGUCUGGGUCCUAGAGGAGGAGGGGGAUGAGGAGAGAGAGGCUGAGGUGAGCCCUUUCCCCAAACAGGCCCAGGUCCUGGGCACUGAGAGAACAGAAGAGGCUGCUGAGAGCCAGACAGCAGGGAGGGAGGCUGUGGGAGGCCAGGAGGCAGGGGAGAGCUUUGAGGGUCAGGCGGACCUGUGUGGGAAGGAGGCUGAGAUGAGAUGGGACUUGGAGAUCAGGGCCGACUGGGCCAGGCUGGAGGAGCUGAUACAGGCAGAGGAGGCCCAGGAGGAGAGAGAGAGUGGCAGGGAUCUAGCGGCUGAGCUGCCCUCAGAUGGAGAGGCUGAAGGCGCUGCUGACUUGGAGGUAACUCCAGAGGCCAGGCCCGAGGAAGAGCCCACAGGGGAGGAGAGCGAGGCGGCCCAGACUAGCUGCGGCCCACUGGGGGUGGAAUGGGGUGGCCUCACACACAGGGUCACCAAAGGCCAGGGACCUGAGCUGAUGGGAGGCGCCCAGACCCCAAGUAAGCAACCCGAGGAAAGAGAGGCAGGUGAGGUGGAGCUCCAGGGAGUUCUGGCCCGGAGCAAAGAGCAGCAGGAGAGGAGCCUGGAGGCAGGUCCCAGGCACGCAGAGUCUGUAAAGCCCGAGGCCUCCGAGGCCUUCCCAGGAGCCUGGGAAAACCGCAUGAGAAGGGACAUGGAGAGAGGAAAUACCCAGGAGGAUGCGGCCGAUGGCGAGCAGUGGGAGGAGGAGGCUGCGGGAGGCCAGACCCCGGUGGCUGAGGCCAAAGGAGACCAAGAGUCUGAACUAUCAGAAGUCCCAGAGGCAGGCGGGGAAGGGCCGACAACCCAGGACACGGGAUGUGGAAUUGAGGAGGGAGAGGCAUCUGUCUCAGAGAACCAGGAUCUGGAUGGAAGCACAGGAGCAGACGCAGGGCCUGGCCUGUCACUGGGAGAGGCCUAUGCCAGAGAAACCAAGGAUGGGGAGGCGGAGGCUGACAGAACGCCCAGGAGAGGCUGGAGGCUGCAGGUGGUGGCUGUGGACCUCCAGGACCAUGAGGACGCACAGACUGGCACUGUGGCUGCUGAGGUUAUGGGGGGUGAGGUGGACCCAGACGUCAGCGCUGCUGGUGCUGGUGAAGCUUUGGAAGGGGCGCUUGGGCAAGGCUGGGACUUGAAAGAAAGGGAAGAGACAGCAGCAGGAGAGCAUGCAGGUGGGCAGGAAUUUGGCCUGGAGGGCUCAGCAGAGGAAGAGGUGGCAGGCAGAGGUGGCCAAGCAGAGGCUUCUGAGGCCAGGGAGGGAGGACCUGGGGGAGGGCGGGUAGAGGCAGAGGAAUCUGCAGGUGCAGAGGACAGCUGUGGGCUGGAUCGCGUGGGCUCCCAGACAGCGAGGGCAGACGGGAUGGGAGCCACGGUGGAGGCUGCAGGGCUUCUAGAAGAGUGGAUGCUGUUGGAAGAAAAGGCUGUCAGAUGGCAGGAGAGAGAACAGAGGGAAGACAGGGAGGGGCGGCGUGGGGACCACCACCCUGAGGGAGAGGCACCAAGGCUCCUUGAUGCAGAGGGUCUCAUGGUGACCCGGGGCUGGAGGGCAGAGGCCAAGGAGACUGAGCCAGAAAGCCUGGAAGACGUCAGGGGCCACGAGGAGUGGCCAACACACCAGGCCCCUGCAGAAGCUGCGCCAGGGUCAGUCGGGGAAGCCGAGACGGCUGAGGCCACAGGCAGUGCCAGAGGAGGUGCUGCCAGCAGCUGGAGUGAGGCCCCGCUCCCUGGGUCCCUCCUAGACGUCUCUGUCCCAAGGAGCCGCGUGCACCUCUCGAGAAGCUCCUCACAACGUCGCUCCCGGCCCUCUUUUCGUCGGACUCCAGCCCUGGAGCAGCAGGAGGAGCCCCCAGCCCCCAAUCUUCCUGAGGAGGAACUGUCGGCCCCUGAGCAGAGACCCCUCCAGCCGGAGGAACCCCCAGAGCCAAGCCCUCUGAGGCAUGAUGGGACCCCGGUGCCAGCCAGGAGAAGGCCCCUGGGACAUGGGUUUGACCUCAUGCACCCCGGCAUGAUGCAGGAGCUGCAAGCCCGUCUGGGCCGGCCUAAGCCCCAGUGACUGAAACCCGGCGCUCUGGGAGCCAGGCCCUGAGUGGGGGCCAGAAGUCUCGCUCCGACGCCACUGAGCCCUGCUCCCUCUGCCACCGUGGACACAUCCUCUCCACUCUCUGGGCCUCAGCGUCUUGAUGUAUCAUUCAUGGAGCAGGCAAAACCAGACGUCUGGGAAGACCUUGACUUAAGGAGUCUGAUUCUCCAACACAGGCUGGUGGACCACCUACUCCACUGAGACCACGUCUCAGGGUGCCUGCCCUGGUUCCUCUCCAGACUGAGUCAGCUAUCUGGACUGCAUGGAGGCUGGGCACGGGGGCUCAUGCCUGUCACCCCAGAGCUUUGGGAGGCCAAGGUGGGAGGAGCGCUUGAGACCAGGAGUUCAAGACCAGCCUGGGCAACAUAGCAAGACCCCCAUCUUUUAAAAGCAAAAUAAAAAAAUAAAGACGGCAAGGAAGACUGAGAGGGAACAGCGAUCAUUCUCCUUACAGGCCUCCCUCUCUGACUUCCGCUUCCCAGCCCAACUCCCUGCACCAAGACCCUCAGAACUGAGCAGGCGUAACAUUAACCUCUGGAGUCGCAUCCAGGCCAAAGGAAGGUGGUUAGGGGGGCUUAAGGAGCACUGCUCAGAAUCAAAGACGAGCUGCCUUGAGCUUCCAAAACGGUAGCUCGGCCUCAGGAUGCCACUGGUUACUAUGGCAACUGCCUGGCGGAGCAGGACAUAGUAGGGGAAGAUGGGCCAGGGACCCCAAAAAUGUAGGAGCAGAGAGGGGUUCAGGAUGGCUAGAGGUUGCUGACCCCGUUCCAGGCUGCCCUGCCCUCUGGGUGUCAGCAACCCUUCCCAGAAGAUAAGCGGAGGCCAGGGGUGAAUGAGAGUGCUUUAUUGGGCACCCAGCAUGGGGGCUCGGCCCAAGGAGGACCAGCAGGCUCCGAGACAAUAAAUAAACCAUCAUCUCUCUAACAAUAAAUAAAUAUCCAAGAAAUAAA